CUGUCGGCUCGAGGCUUUUCUGGAAACCUUUGGAAGCCGCUCGUCUGUCGUCCGCCAUCAAAAAUCGCAGCUGCCGAGUCAGCAGUCAGACCACACGACGCUUUGUCUGGUGUGAGGAGAGCAGCUGAAAGGGGUGUGCUUUUCCGUUUCGUUCCCUGCAACGUCUGUCUUCUGACACUUGAGGCUGGAGAACAUCUGCCGCCAGAGGCAGCUGCUGAACGUGGAUUCCUCCCAAGAUUAAGCCAUGUUAUGUUGGGGGAAUGCCUCCUUCGGACAACUCGGACUGGGUGGUAUAGAUGAAGAAGUUGUUCUGGAGCCAAGAAGUUGUUCGUUUUUCAAAAAGAAAAGGAUUCUCGAUGUGGGAUGUGGUCGCAGACAUACUGUUUUUGUUAUUCACGAUGGGACAGUUUAUACCUGUGGGUGUAAUGAUCUUGGUCAACUGGGACAUGAAAAAGGGAGAAAGAGACCAGAGCAGGUUAGUGCUUUGGAUGCUCAGAAUAUCAUCGCUGUUUCAUGUGGAGAGAUGCAUACACUUUCCCUAAACGAUGAAGGUCAAGUGUUUGCUUGGGGUCUUGCCACUGAUGGUCAAAUGGGAUUUUCUAGCACAGAAGAAUGUGUCAGAGUUCCCAGGAAUAUAAAGAGUCUGUCAGAAAUACGAAUAAUACAGGUGGCAUGUGGAUACUAUCAUUCUCUAGCUUUAUCUAAUGGGAGCCAAAUUUUUUCGUGGGGACAGAAUAAAUAUGGACAAUUAGGAUUAGGUCCAGAUACUACGAGCAAAUCAGCGGCACAACAAAUCCAAUCUUUAAAUGGUGUUCCUUUUAUUCAGAUUGCAGCAGGUGGAGCACACACCUUUGCACUCACUUUAUCGGGAGCAGUCUUUGGGUGGGGACGCAACAAAUUUGGGCAAUUAGGCCUAAAUGAUGAAAAAGACAGACAUGUUCCUACCCUGCUGAAGUCCUUGCGGACUCAAAAAGUUGUUUAUAUAUGCUGUGGUGAAGAUCACACCGCAACCCUUACAAAGGAAGGUGGAGUGUUUACAUUUGGUGCUGGAGGAUAUGGCCAAUUGGGACAUAACAGCACAAACCAUGAAAUAAAUCCAAGAAAAGUCUUUGAAUUGAUGGGAAAUGUCGUCACACAAAUUGCUUGUGGAAGGCAACACACAUUGGCAUUUGUCCCAUCAUCUGGAAAGUUGCAUUCAUUUGGUCUCGGAGGAAAUGGUCAAUUAGGAACAGGGUUUACAAGUAACAGGAAAAGCCCCUCCAUUGUAAAAGCAGCAUGGGCUGUUCAUAAUGUUUCUUCCCCUCCUGAUGUUGAUGAUGACUAUUUUUGUGUUAAGGCCAUUUACUCUGGUGGUGACCAAAGUUUUGCACAUUACACCUCUCUGCAGAAUUCAUUGCCAGCAGAUGAUUUCCGAAAUUCUGUUCCAUCAAAACGGAUUUUUACACUAAAUAAUAAAAUUGUCUGCAGAUGGAUGAAUAAUGCUUCGGGAAGGCCUUCUUCAGAGAUAAUUGAUGAAAUUGAUACAGUGUUCUCAUCAGCAGGCUGCUUGAAUGGAAGCUUCCUUGCCAGGAGCAAUGAUGAUCAUUAUAAAACCAGUCACAAGUACUCUGGGAUUAAUAUGAAUACAAGUAGACUAUUAUUCCACAAACUCAUACAAUCUGACCAUCCUCAGAUUUCUCAACAGGUGGCAGCCAGUAUGGAAAAAAAUUUGAUCCCAAGGUUUCCCAAAUCCCCUCCUGAUAUAGAGGCCAUGAGGGUCUAUAUUACUCUUACAGAAUGUCCUCUGCUGAGCGAUCCCAACAACUAUGUAACAUUAGCAAUUCCAUUUGCAGCAUCGAUUUUGAGGCUUGAAAAAACACCACUGAAAGUACUUGAAAACUGGUGGUCCACACUUGAACCUGCGUUCUUUCAGAAGGUUGUACAACUGUACAAGGAAAUAGUAGUAUCUCUUCUGCAACGUGCAAUGUCUAUGAUGACUAUUUCUGAAAGGAGGGACUACUUCAUCUAUCUACAAACGGCACUGAAAAUUCUGGAGAUUCUGCACAGAGUAAAUGAGACAGCUGGACAAAUAAUUCAUUAUGCCAAAUUCUACAUUCAUGAAUUACAAGACUUGAUUGAUAUCAGGAACGAUUAUAUUACAUGGAUUCAGCAUCAUGCAUUUAGGAUGGACUUCAGCAGUGGAACACAAGAGGAUAUACCAAUUACAAUUUGCACAUAUCCAUUUGUCUUUAAUGCACAAGCAAAGACUGCAUUACUGCAGACAGACGCCAUGUUGCAAAUGCAGAUUGCAGUUGAUCAGGCUAACAGGCAAAAUUUCUCAUCCUUUUUCUUGCCUGUGGUUGAUGCAGUCAAUCCUUGCCUUGUACUAAUUGUACGUAGAGAGCAUAUUGUUGAAGAUGCUGUGGAAGCAUUGAGGAAGUCGAAGAAUGUGGACUAUAAGAAGCCAUUGAAGGUAAUUUUUGUUGGUGAAGAAGCCAUAGAUGCUGGGGGUGUCCGGAAAGAGUUUUUUCUCUUGAUUAUGAGGGAAUUAUUAGAUCCUAAAUAUGGCAUGUUUCAGUACUAUGAGGAAUCAAGACUCAUCUGGUUUUCAUUUCAGACCUUUGAAGACAAUGACUUGUUUCAUUUGAUUGGAAUCGUCUGCGGUCUUGCAAUCUACAAUUUUACAAUUGUUGAUUUGCCUUUUCCAUUAGCUUUGUACAAAAAACUAUUAAAAUAUAAGACAACCUUGGAUGAUCUGAAGGAGUUGAUACCAGAUGUUGGGAGGAGUUUGCAGCAACUGCUGGAUUAUCCAGAAGACAAUGUGAAAGAUAUCUUCUUUCUGAACUUCACGAUUACUGAGGAGAAGUAUGGUGUAACACAAAUUAAAGAGCUGAUUCCUAAUGGCACAAAUACUUCUGUUACUAAUGAAAACAGGCAUGAAUUUGUGGAAGCAUAUGUAGACUAUGUGUUCAACAAGUCAGUUGCACCAUUAUUUGAUGCUUUCUUUGAAGGCUUUCACAAGGUUUGUGGAGGGAAGGUACUCCAGCUCUUCCAGCCCAAUGAAUUGCAAGCAAUGGUGAUUGGAAAUGCAAAUUAUGACUGGAAAGAAUUAGAAAAGAACACAGAAUACAAAGGAGAGUAUGGGGCAGAUCAUCCUACUAUUAAAUUCUUUUGGGCAGUGUUCCAUGAAUUGAGCUUGGAAAAGAAGAAACAAUUUCUGUUGUUUCUGACUGGCAGUGAUCGUAUCCCAAUUCUUGGAAUGAAGAGCCUAAAAAUUGUCAUUCAGCCAACUGGAGGUGGAAAUGAUUAUCUUCCAGUAGCUCACACCUGCUUUAAUCUUCUAGAUCUACCAAAAUACACAGAUCAAGAACUCCUUCAAAACAAACUGAUUCAAGCCAUAGACCAUUAUGAAGGCUUUAGUUUGGUGUAAAAACAACUCUGAAAUCCCCCAAAUCCUACUUAUUGGGUUUGAUGUAAGACAACAUUCCUUGAAAAUGACAUAUCUUACUAUACUUAAACAACAAAAUACAGUAAGACCAACAAAAUAUUAAGUUUAGCUAUUUGUAUAGGAUCAUGUAUACUAUUAGUGCUAUAUUAAAAUAACAUUUGAAAUGGUGAGGACCCAGAUCUUAUAGAAAGAAAUUCAGAGGAAGCACUAAUACAUUUUCUUGCAGAUGCAAAGUGGAAAUGUUUAUGUUGCAAAAAGGACAAGUGAACAGCUGCAUGGUAAAUGCUUCACAUUUUCAUUAAUUGGCUGAGGAUAAUCUAGACGUUUUAUGUAAAAUGAUACUGUACUUGUAUAAUUACAUGAGAUUUUCUGUAAAUAGUGUUUCAUGAUUUUUGUAAUAAACUGAAGUUUUGCUAUUUAGAAAAAUCUCAUUGAGAUGAUAUUCAUGUGACAGCAGUUAAACUGCACAUCACAAUAUAUGCAAAACCAGCUGGUAUUUCCAGUUUUAUUUCUGAAUUCCUAGUUCAUUCUUAAAAAAAUUCUGCAAAACAAACAAGGAGAAUUACAAGUAUACAAUCCAUUUCUGUUUCUCACUUCUAUCCUUCAAAAAUAUUUGGGGGACAAAUAAACCAGUUGCAUUGAUUUUGUUGUAAAGAAUUCUGUAAUUGAAUUUCGGACAUAAAUGCCAAGAUUAGUAUUACAUAAGUCUUAGACAGUGGAAUCAACAGCAACAGAUAGUUCGGUUAUAGAAACCCUAAAGUUGUUUCCAUUCUGCUUCUAUUCUUCUUAUUGUGAAUUUGGAUUUUAAAAUACCCUUUUUUCAUUUUAAGUGACUGAAGGAAGCAGUGUUAAAUUUUCCACAGUAAUUUGGCCCAAAAUGUGUUUGUUGGUUGCAAUCAAUGAGAAAAGUGAUAACACUACAGUAUUAAAGUAUUUUAGGGUGGUUAUUUGCUAUUACAUUGAUCUGAUAGAAGAUGGGGGAUUCAAGUAUUUAAGUCAGAAUUCCAGUGUCUUAAGUUUUUCUUUUGAAUGACUAUGUUGCUGGCAUGGAUCAGACCUUUUCUGGCAUAUACUAAUUAUGCUGCUCAUUCUUUCAAUGCCUUGUAGAUCUUGAAAAUAAAAUGAUUACCAAAUGAAUUUAUCGCUUUGCUAAUAGGAUGUAUGCUGAUCUGAAAUUAACCUAUUUUUUUCUGUAAAUUUAGAAAGUUAUUAAAUAGGCUAAAAUGAAAUCUCUAGUAUAUCACAAUCUUGUAUUGAAGAUUUCAUUUCAGGAAUGAUAGUUUAAUAUCCCUUUAAGAUUUAAUUCAUUAAUUCUGUGUCAAAUCUUGUAUGCUGUUUUUGUGGUGUGAUAUUUUAGUAGAAAUGUGGCAAAAAAAGUAAUGAGCCUUUACAUACUACAGCUUCUUCUGAUAUAGAUAUGAAAAUAUAUUGCUAAAUUUGAAAGAAUUGUGCAUUUAGAAGCAUGAAAAUAUUUCCAUUUAAAUUUAGAUGAAAACUAAGCAGAUUGUGUACAAAAUCCAAUAAAACGGGUGUGUACAGUUGUGGUAUACAUAGCCUUAUUAGAGUUUCACUUUUAUAUAAAUUAAUGAAGUGAGCUUCCUGCUAAACUUAACACAGGAGUAAAUUAUGCCUCUUCAGUCAAAAGCAUGAGAUGUAUCAAGUAACUGGGCUUCAAACUGAUUUUAAUCAACAGGGACACAGGGUCUUAAUUUCUAAUAACUUGAACCACAACCACUACAAUAUCACAUGAAUGCUGAUUUCUUUAAAGUGCCUAGUGGUAUAUUGUAUACUGCAGUAACUACAAAAUUGUGUGUUUACACUUGAAUUCUCAAUCCCAGUUUAAUAGAUUUGAUAUGUGGUGUCAUCUGUUACUUUAGCAGAUAACUUUGUAAAGUCAAUCUGAAUAAAGGAGAUGUGAUGUU